AUGAACCACUCCCGCGAGCUGCCUGGUCAGUCAACCAGCCAGGUGGACACCAUGUGGACAGCCAACCAGAGGUCCACCACCUGGGUCAUCAACCACUCAUGGAGUCACCGGCAGCCAAGGUCUUCGGUCAUCGGGCAGCAGGGCAGCCACAUCCACAAGCGCACGCACAGCGACGACCGGCCGUGCAAAUGCGAGGAGUGCGGGCGCGAGUUCCGCCAGUGGAGCGACCUGAAGUACCACAAGACCUCCAUACAUUCCGACCAGAAACACUUCAAAUGCGAGUUUUGCGGGAAAGAGUUCGCUCGCAAAUACUCGCUGAACCUCCACCGGCGCAUCCACACCGGCGAGAGGAACUACAAGUGCGAGUACUGCAGCAAGAGCUUCCGCGCCUCCUCCUACCGCCUCAGCCACAUGCGCACGCACACGGGUGAGUGUAGUCUCUAUGUGGGACGCAUGCGAGUGAGCCCGCUCGCAAGUACUCGCUGCACCUCCACCGGCGAGAGGAACUACAAGUGCGAGUACUGCAGCAAGAGCUUCCGCGCCUCCUCCUACCGCCUCAGCCACAUGCGCACGCACACGGGCGACCGGCCGUACAAGUGCAACGAGUGCGAGAAGUGCUUCCGCGUAGCUGGCGACCUGCGACGCCACACGCUGACGCACGACAAGUCGCGAGCGCGACUUCGCGACAAGCCUCGCGCGCGCGACCCCAAGCCCGAGCCCAAGCCCGACGUCAAGCUCGAAAGCGCCGACCCCACCCCCACCCCCGCAACCCCCGCCAAAACCUUCAAAAAAGUCGCCCUCGCCUCCACCACCCGCCUCCCCACCAUUCUCAAGGUCGAGAAAAAACAACCCCGCCUCAAGAAAAACCCCGUCAACAAAAAAGGCGGCGCCCCCAACGUCACCGUCGCCAAAAACGACACCUUCAAAAUCGCCGAGAACAACGAAAUCGAGGUCUUCGAACUCCGCCAGCCCAGCCACUACAAGGAGAUGUAUGAUCCCGGCGAGUACAGCAAAUGCAUGUACAAGGACAGCGAGCGGGUCUCCGACGACCGAGAUGUCAUGUUCCGAAACGUGUGUGACGUCGAAAAGCCGUACCGAAGUGAGAACACUGACGGUAAGAUGCAAAUAUACACUCACGUAGAUAAGAGUAAGGAUUAUAGCGGGCCGGUUAUAAGUAGUUCGGUCUCUUUGGGCGAUAUUAGGCAUCUGGAGAGGGAGCUGGCUAGGGAGGUGAGACACGACGGCCUGCACGGGGAGACGAUCGAAAACGGUUUUUUAGAUAGACUGACAGCGUUAUAUAAUAUAUCGGCCGUAUGAGACUUGCUAAAAACUCACAGGAAUAGAUCCCUGAAAUGUCGUAUAUUAUCACAAUAUUCACGAUUUACUUUAUAAUUUGUUGCUGGAUCACACAAAUUCAUUCCUAUUUAUUUCAAAUUAACACAAAUCAGUAUAAAUAUUAGAUGAAUAACAACAGACAACCGCCGUUCUGUGACAGAUAUAAUACAUUGCUAUGUGCGGUAGCGACGGGCCACAUUUCAAGACCGCGGAGGCACCCUGGCGUGGUACGUGGCUCUAAUGAAUGCACACCUGACUGACUGACUGACUCAGGCACUUAUUUAAUUUGAGUGUGACAAGGACGCUUACUUUGACACGGGCUCCUAUAAAAUAAGUUGUGCCAAAAAUUCCCAUGGCCGUAAAAACCUUUUAUUUUAUAGAGAAUUCAAAUAUCUAAUAUAAAUUCUAACCCCUUAUUAAUACUUAACCCAGUACAAAAACAUUUUUGAACUUGCUGGGCCUGUGUAGAGGUUAAAGGCCAUCAAAAAUUAUAAAGCAUGCGCGCCGUGAUAAAAUCUUAUCGAUGAUUUUAGACGUCAAAUGUAUUUUAUCGCGUAAAAUCGAUAAAAUUCUUCUAUAAACGUUUAUCAUGGUGCGCAUCCUAGGCCUACUGUUUACGCUACGCUAGGAACAAGCGAUAAAUAGUAUUAGAUCUAAUCAGCUAGACGUAAAAAAGCAAUAAGUAACUACUUAAUUCAACAAUAGAAAACAUUGCCCCUUUUCUGAUGUGGGGUAAAAAAGACUGUCCAUUGGAUCAUGAGCAAUAAUGGGAGAACAUAGUAUUUGUACAUCGUCUGCCGUGAUCACACCGUGAUAUGAUUAACUAUUAGUUAAUAAACUUAAUUCUAGGUACAAUUGAUAUACUUAAUUAUAAUUAAUAAACUAGACAAUCCUAAUUUAUUGUAGAACCAAUGUAUAUCGACCAUUAGUACAUUAAACGGAUGUAUACAAAGUUACAUAUUUAUCUUCAAUGUGUGGGAAGUGUGAUUAGUAUAGCAAUAAUAAGGUGCUAAUAAGUUGGCACAGUCGUCAGUAAGCUUGGAUUAUCUCAUUCGAAAACUAGAUUUCUCAUUUGAAAAAGCUAGGCAAUUAAUUAAGCGAUAAUAAAUACAGUAUAAUUUGUUGACCUUAUACACAUAACAAGCAUUUUGUUUUCAUAUGGGUCACUUAAAAAUUAGGAAUUGAUGGUGAAAACAGGCAUUAUUCAAUUUGCUAGGUUGCAGGCAAAAUCUUUAGCAUUAAUUAGCUACAUUAAAUAAUUGAAUAAGACUACUCAGAAUAUGUCGCUAGUUAACAAAUCAUCUAUAGCUGUUAAUUAUUCAAAUCAAAAUUCUUAGGCUGAGUUGCACCACCUAACUUUGACCGUAACUUUAACGAUAACCGGUGUUUUCUGUACGAAAUUUGACAGAUUUUUGACGUUUGUCAAUGUUAAAGUAAGAUGGUGCAACCCAGCCUUAUUUGUGGUAAAUAAUAAAAGCAUAAUGCAGGCUCUGACUGAAGUCGUGCUUCGACUGUUAGUAUGCAUAAUUAAACUUAAAAAUAAAAUUACUAAUAAAAUAAAACAAUUUUUAAGACUCAUGUUGAUUCCAUCUAUCUUCCUAUUUAUUACCUUUCUUCCAGAUAGUUUAAAGUUGUUAAUAUAACUGUUAUCGAGUUAUAUGCAUAAAUAUUUAUUCAAUAUCUGUUAUGACAUGGAACAGAAUUAAUAUCUUUGCAACAGAAAUAUGUAGCUUAGUGUUACAGCUGCUGUAUUUCGAAAUCUUUUUAAUAUAACAUUGUUUAAACUCAAAAGCUUUAUAAUUUUGGUGACUGAUCGAGCGAGAUACAUAAAAAUAAAAUACGCGUGUUAAUAAAUAAAUAGUUGUUUAGUACCUGUGAUGUACCUGAUUUGGAAGUCUUUCAACGUAUGGGAUAAAUUCGAAAGUUUCAUCAAUAUUUUCAUCUUCAUUUUGAGACUACAACGUGUAGGUAGGCCCAGUAGAUCUAAUGGUUAACUUUAGUCCUAUUUAAUUACAUGAGCAUUUUAAUUGACUACCGGUCUGUAACCAAUAUCACCAAAGGUUAAGUUCUCUAAAAAAUACUUUAUGUUGACCUGAAAAAUCAUUGACUUUUUAAUUAACUUACCAAAAAUAGAUUUUAGUUGCCUUGAAAUCUCUAAACUUAACUGUUAAUUGAGAUGGAGAACAAAUUAAUUAUCUUUUUGACAGCUUUUAAAAGUUACUUCAAUUGAUUGAUGGCAUCAAAUACCCAUUGUUUUUAUUAAUUAAACAUUAUUAACAGUCAUAAGUUCUACACAAUAUACCUACGCUGAGUGCACACUGUUCGACUGAUAUUUGUAUAUGGGUGGAUGUUCAACGUAUGUAUGUGUAAAUAGUUCAUGUAAAUAUAUGUUUUACAGUAUUUUAAAGUUUAUAUAUCAUAAUAAUCGACUUAUUAGCAGUAGUGUAGUUUUAACUAUUUUGUAUUUUUGCUAUAUAGUACGUAUAUUGUUAUAUUAUAAUGUAGUAAAAUAACACGUAGCUAGACUCAUUUCAUAGGUUGUUCUAUAAACAAUAUGCAGUGGUGGGAAUGUUCCUUUCCAUGUGCUGAUUUACAAUAGUUAUUAAGGUUGAGUUACACCAUCUUACUUAACUUUAACAAAAGUCAAAAAUCUCAAACUUCAUACAAAAAACACCGGGUACUGUUAUAGUUAAGUUAAAGUAAGUUAAUGCAACUCAGCCUAAUACAUUUGUUGUUUAAAAUAUAUUCCGGUUUUUAAAUAAAAACAGUUUUAUGAGUAAUCUUCCAUGCCUCACACAGUUCUAUGUAUGUUAUCUAUAAGACUUUACUUCUAUUUACCCUUACAUUUAAGUAGUCGAAACUAUUUAUUGCAAUAGUAAUUUUGUACAUAAUGUACUUGAUGUAAAUAUUUAUAU